ACACAUAACCCAUUCUUUUUAUAAUCAACCAACAACAAGCAAUAUAUCCAGUAACUUAAUCUUUUCUUUCAUCUUCAGCUUUUGCUUCAAAAAGAAAGAAAACUUUCAGACAAAGAAAGAAAUUAUAAAUGGCUCUGGUGAGAAGUCUACUGGGUGCCAAAAAGAUUCUAAGCCGCUCCACCGCAGCAGUCUCAGCGGCACCAAUAGGGUUUCUUACAGUGUACGUAGGAGAGAGCCAGAAGAAGAGAUAUUUAGUGCCACUCUCAUACCUGAACCAGCCUUCGUUUCAAGCUCUGCUCAGUAAAUCUGAAGAAGAGUUUGGGUUCGAUCAUCCGAUGGGUGGCUUAACGAUCCCUUGUCCCGAAGAUACCUUCGUCAAUGUGACGUCUCGGCUCCAAUGAUGAUGAUCCAGCAUUUGUUUUUCCGAGUUAGACAUAGACUUAUUCAUUGUAAAUAGAUCUUUUCUCUUUCUUCUUGAAACAGUAAUUGUUCUAAAAGUUUAGAGAGUGGAUGCCAUUUUUGUGCAACUGAUACACACGAUCAUGUCAAUACAUUUUGGAAUGAUCUUUGAAAACUAAA